GGUCUGGUUUAUGGGGGAGCUUUCUCAUAUCUCGUCAGAGUUUGACAAUGUUGUUCAAGUUGUACUGGAAAACUACAAACCUCAGAAGAUGCAAAAUGAUGAUCAGGGUACCAAUGAUGCUGACAACCAGUUGGUGCAGGAAGACCACAAGGCUGAGCACCCCCCUUCCCCUUUCAUUAUCACUGCGCCCCCCUCUUGGGAGAGCAUAGUUAAUGUUAAGGGAGAAGUUAGCCUACCAGAGGAAGAUGCUAGAGAUCCCAAAUUUUGGUCCAGAAUCUGUGUGCACAAUAUGGCCAAGCUUUCUAGGGAGGCAACCACAUUCCGUCGCAUCUUGGAAUGUCAGUUAUUGUGUCCCUCUCUUUGGAUAUAA